CUCGAGGAAAGGAAGGGGGCGGUCGAGAUUCGGCAGAAAAUCGAGUUGUAUGUAUUCUUACGCUGAUAAGUAUUUAAAUGAACGCGAUCGUUUGGACGUUGUUCGUGAUAUCGUUAGGUGUUUCGUUACGUGAACAGUAUACAGUUACUAUUUCGAUGCGUUUAAAAACGUUUGGCAAUAGAAAGAUAUAGGAAUCGAUCGAAACGGUUUUGUACUCGAGGAACUAUUUUUAGACAGAGGGGCGGUCGUUGGCGGCCAUGAUGGGUGUCAGCGGCAAGUAGUGACGGCAUUCGCUUUGCGUCAGUUGGUUUUGUGCGCUGAUGGUUAGGCUGAGGUUUUCUGGUUGAGAAGCGCACCAUAGGCCAAAACACUUGUACAUAGAAACGGUAGAUAGCCGCAAUUAUUAUUUCGACUAAUUAACAGCGGCUGGAAAACCUCAGGAAGUUUAAAAAAACAUCGGAAAAAUGACGCAGUUACUACCCAUAAGGUUUCAAGAACAUCUCCAGCUUACAGCUGUUGGAAUUAAUGCUAACAAUGUUAGCUUUAACACACUCACUAUGGAAUCUGAUAAGUUUAUUUGUGUCAGAGAGAAAGUUGGUGAUACCGCACAGGUAGUUAUUAUCGACAUGAAUGAUUCUGCUAAUCCCAUUAGAAGACCUAUUUCUGCAGAUUCUGCAAUCAUGAAUCCAGCAAGUAAAGUCAUCGCUUUGAAAGCACUGAAAACACUCCAGAUCUUUAACAUAGAGAUGAAAUCAAAAAUGAAAGCUCAUACGAUGACAGAAGAUGUCGUGUUUUGGAAGUGGAUAUCUUUAAAUACUCUGGCAUUAGUAACAGACACCGCAGUAUAUCAUUGGUCCAUGGAAGGAGAAUCGACUCCGAAUAAAAUGUUUGAUCGACAUUCCUCGUUAAAUGGUUGUCAAAUAAUCAACUACAGAACUGAUCCAAAGCAAACGUGGCUUUUAUUGAUUGGUAUUUCUGCUCAGCAUAAUAGAGUGGUUGGCGCCAUGCAGCUUUAUUCUGUUGAAAGAAAGUGUUCCCAACCGAUCGAAGGACACGCGGCUUCUUUUGCCCAAUUUAAAAUGGAAGGAAACGCAGAACCGAGUAACUUGUUCUGUUUCGCUGUUAGAACAGUUCAGGGUGCAAAGCUUCACAUCAUCGAAGUCGGUCAACCUCCUGCUGGUAAUCAUCCUUUCCCAAAGAAGGCAGUAGACGUAUUUUUCCCGCCAGAAGCUGGAAAUGAUUUUCCUGUAGCGAUGCAAGUCAGUUCAAAGUAUGAUGUUAUAUAUCUAAUAACGAAAUAUGGCUACAUACACAUGUACGAUAUCGAAUCUGCAACAUGUAUAUUUAUGAAUCGCAUAUCUGGAGAAACAAUUUUUGUCACUGCUCCGCACGAAGCAUCUGGCGGAAUAAUAGGAGUGAAUCGAAAAGGUCAAGUAUUAUCUGUAUCCGUCGAUGAAGAAAACAUAAUCCCAUACAUAAAUGGUGUGCUGCAAAAUCCCGAACUUGCAUUGCGAAUGGCCGUGAGAAACAAUUUAUCAGGAGCUGAGGAUUUAUUCGUGAGGAAAUUUAAUAUGCUUUUUCAAAAUGGACAAUACGCAGAGGCAGCAAAAGUUGCAGCAAAUGCUCCAAAAGGAAUACUUCGAACUCCGACAACUAUUCAACGAUUCCAACAAGUACCAGCUACACAAGGACAAACAUCACCUUUGUUGCAAUAUUUUGGAAUACUUUUGGAUCAAGGACAGUUAAACAAAUAUGAAUCUUUAGAAUUAUGUCGCCCAGUGCUUGUACAAGGACGUAAACAACUUCUUGAGAAAUGGUUGAAAGAAGAUAAACUAGAGUGUAGCGAAGAAUUGGGCGACUUGGUGAAACAAGCUGAUCCAACAUUAGCUCUUAGUGUUUACUUAAGAGCUAAUGUUCCCAAUAAAGUUAUACAAUGCUUUGCAGAAACUGGUCAAUUCCAAAAAAUAGUAUUAUACGCGAAAAAAGUUUCAUACACUCCGGAUUAUAUAUUUUUGUUAAGAAAUGUCAUGAGAAUAAAUCCUGACCAGGGUGUAGCAUUUGCCCAAAUGUUGGUUCAAGACGAGGAACCUUUAGCUGAUAUCAACCAAAUUGUGGAUAUAUUCAUGGAGCAAAACAUGGUGCAACAGUGUACAGCAUUUUUGUUAGAUGCUUUGAAAAAUAAUUGGCCGAGCGAAGGACCUUUACAAACGCGUCUUUUAGAAAUGAAUUUGAUGUCUGCUCCGCAAGUUGCCGAUGCGAUCUUAGGGAACCAAAUGUUUACUCAUUACGACAGAGCUCAUAUCGCGCAAUUAUGCGAAAAAGCUGGAUUGUUACAGCGCGCUUUGGAACAUUACACCGAUUUGUACGAUAUUAAAAGAGCUGUUGUUCAUACACACUUACUCUCUCCAGAUUGGCUUGUUGGAUUUUUUGGAACAUUAUCCGUUGAAGAUUCUCUAGAGUGUUUGAAAGCAAUGUUAACUGCUAAUAUAAGACAAAAUUUACAAAUUUGUAUUCAAAUCGCGACAAAGUAUCACGAACAGUUGACCACUAAGGCAUUGAUAGAUUUAUUCGAAAGUUUUAAAUCGUACGAAGGAUUGUUUUACUUCUUGGGAUCUAUCGUUAACUUUAGCCAGGACCAGGAAGUGCACUUUAAAUACAUUCAAGCAGCUUGUAAGACUGGACAAAUUAAAGAAGUCGAAAGAAUUUGUAGAGAAAGUAAUUGUUAUAAUCCAGAACGCGUGAAAAACUUCCUCAAGGAAGCAAAAUUGUCUGAUCAGUUACCUUUGAUAAUUGUGUGCGACCGAUUUGAUUUCGUGCACGAUCUUGUACUCUACCUUUACCGAAAUAACUUGCAAAAGUACAUUGAAAUUUAUGUUCAAAAAGUAAAUCCAUCACGUUUGCCAGUUGUAGUAGGUGGUUUGUUGGAUGUUGAUUGUUCAGAGGAUAUAAUAAAGAAUCUAAUUUUGGUAGUACGCGGACAAUUUUCGACUGAUGAACUCGUAGAAGAAGUUGAGAAAAGGAAUCGUUUGAAACUCUUGCUUCCAUGGCUGGAGUCUCGUGUUCAUGAAGGUUGUGUUGAGCCCGCGACGCAUAAUGCAUUGGCGAAAAUAUACAUUGACAGUAAUAAUAACCCUGAAAGAUUUCUCAAGGAGAAUCAGUUUUAUGACAGUAGAGUAGUAGGGAAGUAUUGUGAGAAACGUGAUCCGCACUUAGCAUGCAUCGCAUAUGAGCGUGGUCAGUGUGAUCGGGAGUUGAUAAGCGUUUGUAACGAAAAUAGUCUUUUCAAAAGCGAAGCCAGAUACUUGGUACGACGCAGAGAUCCUGAUUUGUGGGCUGAGGUUCUUCUGGAAAGCAACCCAUACAAAAGGCAAUUAAUAGAUCAGGUUGUGCAAACAGCUUUGUCAGAAACUCAAGAUCCUGAGGAUAUAUCCGUUACUGUGAAAGCCUUCAUGACUGCUGAUUUGCCAAAUGAGCUUAUCGAACUCCUUGAGAAAAUUGUACUCGACAGCAGUGUUUUCAGCGAUCACCGUAAUUUACAAAACCUCUUAAUCCUAACAGCAAUAAAAGCUGAUCGUACGCGCGUAAUGGAAUAUAUAAAUCGAUUGGAUAAUUAUGAUGCCCCUGAUAUCGCUAACAUAGCUAUUAACAAUGAACUAUACGAAGAAGCUUUCGCUAUCUUUAAGAAAUUCGAUGUUAACACGUCAGCUAUUCAAGUUCUAAUCGAGCAAGUUAAUAACUUAGACAGAGCUUAUGAAUUUGCUGAAAGGUGUAAUGAAUCACCAGUAUGGUCUCAGUUAGCUAGAGCACAGUUGCAACAAGGUUUAGUUAAAGAAGCCAUCGACAGUUUCAUUAAAGCAGAUGAUCCAUCAGCAUACGUCGAUGUUGUCGAGACUGCACAUCGAACCUCUCACUGGGAAGACUUAGUUCGUUACUUGCAGAUGGCCCGUAAGAAAGCGCGUGAAUCUUUUAUCGAAAGCGAAUUAAUAUAUGCAUACGCAAGAACCAAUAGGCUUGCAGAUCUUGAGGAAUUCAUUUCUGGGCCUAAUCAUGCUGAUAUACAAAAGAUUGGCGAUAGAUGUUUCGAUGACAAGAUGUACGACGCUGCGAAACUUUUGUACAACAAUGUAUCGAAUUUUGCACGAUUAGCUAUUACGCUUGUUCACUUGAAAGAAUUCCAAGGUGCCGUUGACAGUGCUCGGAAAGCAAAUUCAACUCGCACUUGGAAAGAAGUAUGUUUCGCUUGCGUGGACAGCGGAGAGUUUCGAUUAGCACAAAUGUGUGGAUUACACAUAGUUGUACAUGCUGAUGAACUCGAGGAUUUAAUUAAUUAUUAUCAAGAUCGAGGACAUUUCGAAGAACUUAUUAAUCUCUUAGAAGCUGCACUAGGACUUGAAAGAGCACAUAUGGGAAUGUUUACUGAAUUAGCUAUACUUUAUAGCAAAUAUAAACCUCAACGAAUGAGAGAGCAUCUCGAACUCUUCUGGUCCCGCGUUAAUAUACCAAAGGUACUUCAUGCAGCAGAACAAGCACAUUUAUGGGCAGAACUUGUAUUUUUGUAUGAUAAAUAUGACGAAUAUGAUAAUGCAGUACUCGCAAUGAUGCAACAUCCUACAGAAGCAUGGCGAGAAGGCCACUUUAAGGACGUAAUAACUAAAGUGGCAAACGUCGAACUUUAUUACAAAGCUAUACAGUUUUAUGUUGAAUAUAAACCUCUACUUUUGAACGAUAUAUUACUCGUACUUGCUCCGCGUAUGGAUCAUACAAGAGGAGUUGCAUAUUUCAAACGGACAGGGCAUUUACAACUUGUAAAAUCAUACUUAAGAUCAGUUCAAGCUUUGAACAACAAAGCAAUUAACGAAGCAUUAAACAGUCUACUUAUCGAUGAAGAAGAUUAUCAAGGUCUCAGAACAUCGAUUGAUGCGUUCGAUAAUUUCGAUAAUAUUGCACUGGCACAACAAUUGGAGAAACAUGAAUUAAUCGAGUUUAGAAGGAUUGCUGCAUAUUUAUAUAAGGGAAAUAAUAGAUGGAAACAGUCAGUGGAACUUUGUAAGAAGGACCGACUUUUUAGAGAUGCUAUGGAAUACGCCGCGGAAUCUCGAAAUUCCGAAGUCGCCCAAGAAUUAUUAGAGUGGUUCUUGGAAAGAGGAUCGAAGGAUUGUUUUGCAGCAUGCCUGUUUCAUUGUUAUGAUUUGCUUCAUCCAGAUGUUAUUCUAGAACUUGCAUGGAGAAAUCGCAUUUUACACUUCGCCAUGCCUUACCUUAUACAAGUCGCACGAGAAUAUAUUUCCAAGGUUGAUAAACUGGAGGAAGCUGAAAGUCGGCGUCUCGAAGAAACUGAUCAUCAAGAACACAAGCCUAUGAUUAUGCCUGAGCCUCAGUUGAUGCUGACAGCAGGACCAGGUAUGAUGGCACCUGGUUAUGCUCCACAAGGUGUAUACGGUGCGCCUCCGCAGAAUGUUUAUGCGCCUACAGCUGCAGCGUAUCAGGGCUAUGGUAUGUGAAAUACAAUGUGCAACGCAUUAAAUAACAGAGAUCAACAAAAUCUACUUUUCUAUAAUAUGUAGGUAGAACAAGAUUAUUUCAAUAGCCCAUAAUUAUUAUUAAAUGCUGACACAAUAUCAUUAAAGAGAAAAAAGCAUUGCUGCGAAACAAUUGUAAUAUAAUACAAAUAAUGAAUCCAAAAUAAAUUACAAAAUAUUUAAGCGCGAAUUUCUAGUUUAUGAGUAACAUUUAUAAAACGAUUAAUUUUCUGUUACAAUAAUCAAGGAGUACGUGUAGAUUCAUUGUUUACUAAAUUAAAAUCAUAUUAAAAAAAGAAAUACAUACUUUUCAAAGUAUGCAUCGUGUUACGGACCUUCAAGCAAAUAUGCAAUAGUUAAUUUUAGAUAUCCUUACUACAUUGAAACAUUAUUGAAUUGAAUUCGAUUCAUUCAUAUUAAUUUGCAAGGUAAUCAUUACAUAGUUUUACAAAUAUAUAAAUGUAUUGUGUACGUACGUGCCUUUGUUUAAGUAUUGAACAGAAUUUUAGUUUACAGUAAUAUAAAAUUAAUGGUCUUAAAAAAGAUACUUGGUAAGUUUCGCUUUAAUAAAUGUCACAAAAUUAUGAAGUGCUUCCUCUUUGGUAAAAAAAGAAAAAAAAAAGAAACAUUUGGCUAAUAAUACGUAAAUGACCAUUAAAAGAACAUAAGAACUUGAAGUUGACGUUUGUUUGAGUCCAUUCAUGGAAAAUGAUAUAAAAAAAAUAUAUUAUUCUGAUGCAUCAUUUUUAGUAGCAAAAUGAAUCUAUUUAUUUAGAUUCGUUGAAAAGUUGUUGUCCCAGUCAAAUGUAUGAGCCUCAAAAUACUUAGCAAAAUAAAUAAAAAAAAAAAAGAAGCGUCAUAUAUCAGUACAUCAGUAUAACAAUAAGGGUAAACAAAGCUAAGAAGUCUAAACUGUAUGUAAUGUAUCUAGAAACUUAAAUAUAGCGAAGAUAUAAAAUACGUUUGUAUGUCUAUCAGUGUAUACUUUAGCAUCUGUGUGUGUCGUUGCUGUGGCAUGAAUAAAUAAAAAUCUAGCAUUUGACCCGACAGCUAAAAUGUGAAAUAUAGAAUAGCAACGUUGUUAUAUGUUCUGCUAAAAAAAAAAAAAAAUGAUAAUAAAGGUAGCUCUCUGAUAUACUCUUACUAGACGAAAAACGUAUUUAAUCUAUUUAAAAAAAAAAUUUUUUUAAACAAUUUGGUCAUAUUGAUGUAUGGAUAUAUGUACUAAGACUUGUUUAUGUUGGCUACAAUAUUAUUACCUUACCCUCUUUUUGUACACGUUAAAUUGAAAGCAUGCAACGCCUGUAAAAAUAUUCGAGGGUUUUCAAAUACAUAAAUUAAUUGUAAUUUUGUUUAUUAACGUGUUCAGUCUUGAUAAAUGUAAUUUGAAGCUUUUUUUCUAACUUUAUUGUAUUUGGUUAAUAUAAUGUAUGUAUAGUAUCCUAUUUGGAUGUAUUGUUCGUUGAAUCAUUGUAUUAAUGUAUGAUGAAAUUAUAAUACAAGUAUUAAUGUAAGUUGAGAGGUCAGAUUUCAGUGCAUAUGUAGAAAAUGACAGAAUCGUAUUGUUAACGUUUCUGCUCGUUAAAUGAUUUAAAUUGUCUGUAUAAAAUGCUCUCCUAACAGGUCAGGAUCAAUGUACAAGAUAUGUCGGAAAAAUUCAGUCAUUUUUCUGGCACAUCUCACAUUCAAUGUUCCUAAAAGAGCAAUUUUAUUGCAUAAGACAUUUUCUUAUGUCACGCAUCUCAGAAUAAAUGAGAGGUAUGCACUUAUAAAUUGUUCUCAUUAAUUCAUAAGCAUAACACGAAAGUUGGAAGUUAAAGAAACUAAUACGACAAUGUAACCAGACAUUUUCGCAUACAGUAGAACAAUGUUCAUUGUGAUAUUGUCUAUUUAAAGUGACUUUCGUUUGGUAUUUAAUGAGUGCAGUAAUUUUGGCUGCAUGUAUUAAAUAAAAGUGUUAAAAUUAGAUAAUGCGGACGAGAAUCUGUAACAUUCCUAAUAAUCACUUCAUCUUCAUUGAAAUUAUGUAAUGAAUAAAGUUGUAGAUUGAAAAGUGUA